CGCGCGGGGGCUUCUGGGUGCUACUUGCCUUCCUUUCCCUUGCCUCUCCCUGCCCCCUCCCGUCCCCGCCUUCUCGGACGCUCCGCUCCCUGGCGUGACUCGGCAUUGAGAAAUCCCGCACGAGGAACCGCGGUCGCCACCUCUCCUGUCCAGGCCUCAGCCUUCCUAAGCUUCUCUCCCAACUCUUCUCCUUCCAUUUCGAAGCCAGAAGCAUCGCGGCCGCCCCACCGGGCUGUGAGGAUGGUGGGAGUGAAGCCGGUCGGGAGCGACCCGGAUUUCCAGCCGGAGCUGAGCGGCGCGGGCUCUAGACUUACGGUGGUCAAGUUCACCAUGAGAGGGUGUGGACCAUGUUUGAGGAUUGCCCCAGCUUUCAGUUCUAUGAGUAAUAAAUAUCCACAGGCUGUUUUCUUGGAAGUAGAUGUACAUCAGUGUCAGGGAACAGCUGCCACCAAUAAUAUAUCAGCAACACCUACAUUUUUGUUUUUCCGAAACAAAGUAAGAAUUGAUCAGUAUCAAGGAGCAGAUGCUGUGGGAUUAGAAGAAAAAAUCAAGCAGCACUUAGAAAACGACCCUGGAAGCAAUGAGGACACAGAUAUUCCAAAAGGCUAUAUGGAUUUAAUGCCUUUUAUUAACAAAGCUGGUUGUGAAUGUCUUAAUGAAAGUGAUGAGCAUGGAUUUGACAACUGUUUACGAAAAGACAUGACCUUCUUGGAAUCUGACUGUGAUGAACAGCUGCUUAUUACUGUGGCAUUCAACCAACCUGUUAAGCUUUAUUCCAUGAAAUUUCAAGGGCCAGAUAAUGGUCAGGGUCCUAAAUAUGUAAAAAUCUUUAUCAACCUGCCUCGAUCUAUGGAUUUUGAAGAGGCAGAAAGAAGUGAACCAACUCAAGCUCUGGAACUGACAGAGGAUGAUAUUAAAGAAGAUGGCAUUGUCCCACUUCGUUACGUUAAGUUUCAGAAUGUUAACAGUGUGACUGUAUUUGUUCAGUCCAAUCAAGGUGAAGAAGAAACAACAAGAAUUUCGUAUUUUACUUUUAUUGGGACUCCAGUCCAGGCAACAAAUAUGAAUGACUUCAAACGACACCUGGCUGCUCUCACCCUUCCCAUGUUCUCGCCAUUGUGGGGGCAAGAUUUCUCCAGCUUCUGUCAUCUGGAUCAGCCUUCCUGUUACCUAGAUUUCCUCAACCACCUCUUCAGAUCUCAUCCUAGUCAUGUUUCUCCAUUGGCCUUUGGUUUUGUUUUGGUUUUUGUUUUGGGCUUGCAGCUAGGUACUUUAAUUCAUUACCAUACCAUGUUGCUCACCAGACCUUCUGUUAUUUUUUUUUUACUUUCUAAGGUUUCAUAUUUAAUUUUGCACUACAUUUUGAGAAGUAAUAUUGCAGUAAAACUUAAAUUGUUAUAAAUGCUUUCAGAUCUAACCAGUUGUUGGAUAAUAUUUUAAUCCAUUCUAAAGUUAAAAUUUAAUUUUUUAGGAACUAUAGAAUCAUUUUGGAGAGUAAAUACAAAGUUUCAUCAAGUUCUUUUAUAUUAGUGUUAAUAUAUUGGUUUGUUUUAGUUGAGGGGUGUGGGUUUUCUUUUUUCAUUGGAGCAUUAGCUCCAAAUUCUUUUUGAAGAUUGAUUGUGGGCGUGUCCUCAGCUUUUGCCUACCCAAGUGAGCUCAAGGCCAGUUGAAGGACUUAUGGACUGAACGCAAGGCUUGGUUAAAAUAUUAAAAUAGAACAUCGAUGGACUCUACUGAAUAUCUUGGACACCUAAUUUUGAUGUACCUAGAUUUUUAUUUGUCUGAGGUGUAAUAUAAAGACUUAACAAUGAAUAAAAGACUUAUGUUGGGGUGAGAAUCCAUAUCGGAAUGCUGAAUUUCUU